GAGUGGAGGGGGUCAGCUACCAACUGUCAGUAGUAUACUGCGAUUACCAGAUAAAAUCGCGUGUUAAUUGAAGUAAUCUAUCAAUACUUGUCUAUAUAAUCAAUAAAUCUGUACCCGGAUACCAGACAUAUCUAUAUAAUUAUUACCAGACAAGUUGCAAAUAGACGUCAUUAGUCAUUAGGCAUUUUCCUGUUAUAAGUAAACAAGUGGCGUGGCGUAGAGGGUAACAUUGGGUGGAAAAAGUCACUGCUCUAACAAGGUUAGGGCAAACUAAUGAAUGAGAUUAAGAUGGGGUCACGGCCAGACCGCGAACAUCAACGAGUACAUCGACAACACGGUUCAAAUGUUGGUGCCCUUUAUACAGAACAAAGGUCUCGACCCUAUGACUCUGCCUGAUGUCAGCGAAGGUUUUAAGGUGAAACCUCUGUGGAUAACAUACAGCGCAUUGCUAAAGCUUCAUGAUGGUACCAUGACGGGGCUGGUCAAUCUGUCACGCUCGGGCGACCAAAAGGUCAACUAUUUCGCCAAAAUGUUGCGCGUCAAAUUACAACUGCGUUUUGAAGACCUCGAGUUCAAGUAUAGGUACCUCGUAAAAGUAAUGAACAUUGGUCCUACUGGUGGAAUCGUUGGUUCCCUGAACCGUUUAGAUGUUGUAGCUGAUGUCCUCAUUGACUUCAACAACGACGAAAUACAACUCCAACAAUUGUCAUUAACGAAUAUUGGUCGUCUACGUGUGAAGCUUACGGGUAACGGUUUAGUAGAUUGGUUGGUCAAUCCCGUAGUUAGUGUGUUCCUCAGAAUAUUUGAUUCGACUAUCAUCAAGGAGGUCGGGGUGAUCAUUCGCGGGGUUGUCCAGAACGCAAUUACAGACAUCAACGCAAAUCUUAAAGAUACCAUUGCACGUCUUGAAUCGUACAAUUAAUUAAAGAUUGUUUUUGUUUUUUAAACAAUAAAGGCAUAAAAUUAAGCAAAGUUUUUUUUUACUUGGCGGCUAUUUCUUCACAUUAAUAUUAUGUCUGUAACAUCCUGGACCCAUUAUCUAUAUAACAAGUACGGUGUACAUAAAUUAUUUUUGUAUUAUAAGGAAAUUAGUUGAAAGUAACAACUCUACCUUAAUUAGAACCCAGAGUUAACACUGUCAAAAAAAGUAUAUUCACGACCUGUUUACUAUUCUUUACAUAUCAUUAAUAUGUCUUGGCC